UCCAAUUCGUGUUUACCAAAUUGUGAUCCAAAAUUGUUUUGCUUCAAAUUGUGAUCCAAUAUUUUUUUGGUAUUCUAACUUGUGAUUUACUUUGUGUUUUUAAUUUUCUGUUACAACAGUAUUAGCGCAUGAUUGCUUUCAUAACCUAAAAUUGGUUUAUAUUGAUUCUCUGGUUUGUAGUGUUUCCAUGUAUGCAUACUCACAGGUUAUUGUGCUAGACUAGAGAUGUAAGUUAGCUUAUAUGUUUCCUCUCAAAAAAAAAAAAAGUUAGCUUAUAUGUUGAAAGUUGAAACUGUAUCCUUUAUAUUAUUGGAUUCAUCUGCUUUGACUUGCAGUAUUUACAUAUUUUGGUCAUUUAUGCUGCCUUUGGUAUGAUACAAGGCAAAAGUUAUAUAAAAGACCAAUAUAUUGCCCUCUUUCAUGAAGAUGUUUCAACUUAUUUUAGAUCUUGUUUUUCUCUUUAUUUUCUCCUUCUAUAGUUUUUUUUUUCCCCUUAUUGAUGCAUUCCUUGCUCAGUAGUUACUUUUAUGCAUGACUAAUUCAUGGGAAUUGGUUUUCUUAUCGGAAGCCCUAUUGGCCAAAUUCUUAUGAACCUCGACUAUUUGCAUAUGAAUCAUAUUCUUCAUCUAGAGUGUCAAGUUUCAUUACACAUUUGUUCUUGCGUACUUGGCCAAGGUGAUGACUGUUUGGACUUGCCAAGAUGUUGACUUCAGAUGAUCUUGCUUGCGAUGCACAAUGUCUUGAAGCUAUCUAUAUCAAAUAUAUCUUAAUUCAGGAGGAUUGGUAGCUGUAUGUGUCCCAAUCUGAUAUACCUUGUAGUUCCAAAUCAGAUAUGGUCUUUGGAUUGUAUAGGAGUGGAGCCAAAAGACAGUUUUGUAAAUUGUUGCGAAAAGAAUCCAGAACCCAGAAUAAGAUUCUCUAUUUCAUAUCACUUGUAUUCAAGACUCGAAGCAUAUCGUGUCAGGCCGACAACAACGACAACAAGAGUGACCUGCAUCCGCUGCUUUGGGCUGAUUCUAUUAUCCUAGAGGUCAUGGAUCUGAUCAAGGGGUGGAGAUCAUGUGCAGUGACCACGCUGGGUAGAGAUGGUAGUGACUUGACAGCUACAACCAUUGGUAAAGCACGUUGGCAGGAACUUGACCAUGUUGUGGAAGAACUGGAGAGAAUUGUUGUUGUCAAUCUCUUCAGAACUGAUCAAUAA